AUGAAUGAUAAAAUCAGAGAUGUUUACAUUCAGGUUGUAAACAAAAGGGAUGUAGAAACGCUCAUUCCUAUUUUAAAAGAGCGUGUACACUCCCAAUCUACCAUUCAUAUUGACUACUGGAAGGCUUAUGGUAGGGUCAAUGAAAACUUCAAAGUACACUUUACAGUGAAUCAUUCGAAGUUUUUAUUAACCCAGAGACUCAAUACCAUACUCAAAUAA